AUGACAGUCAUCCGACCAAACCCAGAUGCAGAUCACGCCCCUAUUCUCAACACGAGGGGCACAGGCAACCCCAAUGAGCAGAAUCGCCCCGCCGCCUUGGUCCUUUGCGUGGAUGCUGGAGGUACUAGCUGCAAAGCAGCCACCCUCUCGGCUGAUGGGGAACUUGCGUCAAGACUCGACGUGACCCUUGCAACCAUAACGGCCGUGGUACACGAUGUCCUUCGUAAGCAUCCGUCGACACGAGGUCAGCCACCGGCAGCAGCAUUUACCAAAGUCUGGGUUGGCCUGGCGGGAUACGACAGACCAACACUUCAACCAAUCAUUAAUGGCGCUUUGUCUCAGUUCUUCGGGCUCUCACUCAAUGGGGGCUUACGCGUAUCUUCAGACAUUGAUCUCCUUCCUGCUUGCCUCAUGUCCGAGCCUGACAUAAUCUCGGCCAUCGUUCUAGUAGUUGGUACUGGUUCUGUGGCAAUGAGUUACACACGAAAAGGCCGGGACUUUCAACGGGUUGGCCGAGUAGGGGGAUGGGGAAGACUCCUCGGCGAUGAUGGGUCAGGAUAUGCGAUCGGCCGAGAGGGAAUCCGCAGGACACUAAAGGACUGCGACGCACACGCUCUAAGGAAAAGCACAGCCGAUGAACUAGCAUGUUUUUCGCCACUUUCUCGAGAGGUUCUGGAACACUUCCACAGUCGAAAUUCCGAUUGCACGUCGGGAAGCCUUCUUAGCCAUAUCCUCGUUCGAAGCUCGAUGGGGAAUAUAGGCGAGGAUGACGACGCAUCGAGAACAAAGACAAUAGCAAGUGCCGCCUCUGCCGUUUUCGCAGCUGUUGAGAAGGAUGCCGAGGCAAAACAGAUUGUUGAAUCAGGUGCAUCCAGCGUGGCGGAACUCGUGCGGAUGCUAGUUAAGGAGCAAGCCAUCAAUGUAGGCCAAUGUGCUCUCGUUCUUGGCGGAGGUCUCAUGGGCAACAACAUGUAUAGAGACUCAGUGCGUGGCAUCGUACAGGAGCACUGUGGCAAGUUUAAUCGGGUCAAAUAUACUAGCGACCCUGCUGUAUCUGCCGCGAAGAGCCUACUAGAUUACAACGAGGACUAUUUGUAG